UCCAAAUUUUCUUAGUUAUGAUUAAAGUUCUGGAAAAUCCGGCAACUGGCCGGAUUUCGGAAACAAAUCCGGCCGGAACCGGAUUUUAAAAAAAUCAGCGAUCCGGCGUCGGAUUAUCCGGCCUACCGGAUAUCCGGUACAUCCCUAAACUCAUUCUGCUAAUUCUUAAAACUACACAUAGAAAUCCAAAAACUUAGAAUUUUUAGGUUUUACUUUUUUAGUUUAAAAAUAACUUGUUUCAGACAACACUAUUUUUAACUAUAUGUUAGAAAACUGACUGAGUUCUCUGCACCAAGGAACUCAAUCUGGAUCCACCUCUGCUUUGAAUCAGCUAUGGUGCCUUAAAAUUUUACUGCUUACUUUUUGGUCACCAUUUUUCAUUUAUUCUCUGAAGAGUGUAUGCUAUGUUUCUGCUUACUUGUUUAAAAUUAAUCCAUCACGCUAACAAAUACCAGAUUGCUGCUUUGUUUGAACAUUAUUUGAAAUCACUUUUUACAGCUUGUGGCAGUCAGAUAGCUCUGAUGCUCUUUAUUUUGGUGACCAUAACAAUACCAAUUCAUAGAAAUUUUAAAAACAACAAACUAGUUGACAACCCAUUUACACCAGAUUUAUGUGUACGCAUUUCAAUGCUUCAAGUAAUGUGAUGAUCUUAAGAACAGUCAGUUUGUAAGAGAGGAAAGUAAGGUUUUUCAACGUUUCAAAAAAGGUUUGUCGUGAAAAUUUUUGGUACCCAGAAAGAAUUUGUGCUGCCCUACCUUUUCGUAUGCAUUAGACAGACCUCUGAAAAAAUCUUGAGUGUGCACAUGCCACACUCUGCAGGCAGACAGAGAUGCAAAAUAAUGCAAAAUGAUAUCGGUAAAACUCUUCAAAUGUUUGGUUAGGCUUGAGAAAGCAAAGGAGUCAUACGAUUCACAUGAUUCUCAAUCAAAUUACCAGAUCUUCUAAUCAAAUGGUUCUUCGUUCUGUGUUACUUUGGAAAAAACUUGUAGAAUACGUAAAAAAGUGAUUUACCUUUCAACGCAACCUCCACCGCCAUCUUGAGAAAUUGAGUUAUGCGCACGCAGUACACCUCGAGUUCAAGAAGAGGCCUCGAGUAUCAGCGAGAAGGCGCCAAAUUUUAGACGGUUGGCAAGUUUGAAAUCCUCUUGUUUAUGACCACUUACGAAAACCGAGAAUGUCAUCUAAAGAUUCAAAUUGCACCAUGGAAGACUUGAAAAUGGAAUACAAAAUGAAAUAUGAGCGGCUUGUUGAUUUACAUAAAGAAAGUAUACAAGCAUUUGCUGAUAUGGUCAAUUCUGCAGGAAUUCAUAAGGAAGCCUAUUCAAACUAUGUAAAUGGAUUGAAAAAGGUUGGCUUUGAAAAAGAUAUGAAGAUAUACAACCUUGAAGAAGAAUUAAAUGAUGUAAAAGUAAAAAAUGCUGAAUUGCAAAAAAGAUGCCUGGAAUUUGAGACCAGAAAUUCAAAUAGAACACAGUUGGAAACAUCACUUCAAAAGUCAUCGACUAAGACUAUUAAGCAACCAGUUACUGAAACUCCAGUUACUUUAUCAACAGUACCAAAAACAGACAACCUAAGUCCACUGUUCUUACCGGAAACUCCAAAGAAAAUAUCAAGAGAAGCAAGACGUUCAAUGAUAGUUGAAGCAAUUGACAAAGUUACUCCUAAAGAUGAUGAUGAUAAAUAUGAAUUUCUUAUGGAAAUUGUUCUUAAGCAGAAAGAUUUGUUAGACUUCUAUGCUACAAUUUCUGGAUUCAUUGCUGAAAACUUGAAUGGAAAUUCAAAUGAUAGUCAAUACGGAGUAGACAUUUUCAAAAUGAGACCUCAGAAAUCUUCAUUCAAAGAUAUGGAGAUGCAGUUUCUGGUUGACUAUGAUGGAGAUGAUAUUGAAUACCGACCAAUAAAUGUCCCAAAAGAAGCCAAAAAGGCCAUAAAGACAGUUGCGCCAUACUUAGAAGAGACUUUGUACUUUCCAUCAGAAGAUGCCCCGAAGCUUCUCAAAACUCUAUUGGAUGUCAUUGAAAGCUAAUCCUUUUUGCAAUAUCAAAGCUUUACUGUAAAUUAAUUAAUGUGUUGUAUUUUAAGUUGAGACUUUACAAUGAGGAAUCUGCCAUAAUAUUGAGAAUCAGUUAUCAGAAAUGGUUAAUGUAUGAUGGCCUCUUUCCAUUGUGAAAACGUGAUGCAAGAUCAAGCAGCUUCUCACCUUGAAAACGUCUUGAAAACGUCUUUCAACCUUACUUUGUGAUAAAACAUUUGUUGUUUUAAUUAUCUUUCAGUAUUGUUAGACACUGUAUAUACUUGUAGAGAUCCUCUGAAAUACAUUAUAUUUUGUAUCAAAUGGUCAAAUAUGUCAAAGGUUUCUUUAUUAUGUUGAGAGUUUUGACAUUUGUUUACAACAGUAUUUUUUCCAAACCCAAUAGAGUACCAUUUAAGCAAGGACCUUUUACACUUUCAAAGUACAAAAUCUGAGCAUUUUGCUACCAACAACUGAAGUGCUUUUGGUAUCAACAAGUAAUUAUAGCCUUUGCUAAUUGUAAAGGCAAGUGUAAAACAUUAACCUUACAAAGAAGGACACAAUUAUCCUGUGUUUUUUUCACUGGCCACUAGAUAUCCUCUUGAAUACAGCAAACAAGUGUUGCAAUGUUCUGCAACCACCACAGCUGAAUGAAUGACAGUGACUACAAAACCACUUUGUAGAGCUACUAGAUCCAAACCUAUGAUCUGAAUACAUUGAACUGAACAAUAUUAUUUCAAUCAGUUACAUGUGCAUACCAUCAUUAACUUUAAAAGCUACUGUACAAACUCUAGAGGAAUCAUUUAACUACAAAGAACAAUUAUCAAAACGAUACACUUAUUUUUUAAUGCUGUUAUUUAAUUUCUGUUAUAGUGUGAACUUUUUGAAAUAGGCCUUUGAUGUUUGGGAUUUUCAAAACCAAUUUUGAAAUAAUUCGUACCAAAAGCAGGGUUUUACACAGAUAAUGUAAUCUGGUUUUGCUUGUAUGCCACAUUUUUCGCGAGAGAUCUUGGAGAGAUUUUCAAUUGCAGUUACACAAAUGUUACAUGUGAAAAUUGUCUAAGUUUUAUUUGUUAUUGGCAAUGAAAUGAAGUCAAAUGAACUUCGGCUGUUCUCUUAAGAGAUCUUUAAGUGUAUAUUAUAGCAUCUUUUUUUAGAAUUUUUUAAUUUGGAAAAAACAACAAUCCAUAAGCAAACUUAAAACUUUUAUGUACCUUUAGGGAUGAAACCAAAAUUCAAGAAUUCUAAAAAUGUAUUCUUUAUGACGUCACGCUUAAGAAUUCUAAAAAGUACCAUAAAGCUGAAAAUGACCAUCUUUUUUACCUUGGAAGGUUUUUUGGUGAUACCAAUUUUUUUUUCCUCUAGAUAAAAUACUUUCAUUUAUAUCCAUACUACUUUAUCGCUACUUACAUCAAUACUUUUGUUUAAGAUUACGUUAUAGGCGUAUGCUACUUACCAAGUUCCCCUAAUCUCAUAAAUAUCUAAUAAUCAAUAGAUACAGGGACGAUAUAUCGCUUAUAUAAUACCUCUUAGAUCGUUGUCGCUACAUUGAGAUAAAAGAGAAUGACCUCUCUGGAAA